CUUACCUAAUGUCAUUUGCUACUACCAAUGUCUACCAUACCAUCUUCACUCCAUCAUAGUACCAUACAACAUCUACACUACACCAUAUUCAGCCAUCACGGAUAGAUCAUGGGAGUCACCAACAAGCGCACGCUAAGCAAGACCCGUCGCAAGACGAGGGAUCUUGAUCAGAUCAAAGCCGACCUCAUCUCCCCGAAGCACCUUGCCCAAUUCAAGGGAAUGAAAGCCCCGGAAGAUCUUCCAGACUUGGGUAAAUGGUAUUGUACCGAAUGCGCCAAGUGGUACGAGAGCGAGGUGAACCUCGUAAGGCAUAGGAAGGGAAAGCCACACAAGAGAAGAGUCAAGCAACUUCGCGAAGAACCAUACACUCAGAAGGAGGCUGAGGCAGCUGUGGGCCUGCAAACCAACAACCAAGAGCCCAGCCAAGCCGCGAAGACUGCCGACAACGAGAUUAUUAUGGCAACCUGAUUGUUUCCCAUCUCACUUUAUGAACCUCGAGAGACGCUCUCGUGAUAUAGGUCUCUCUCCAUAGAUCAACCAAGUGUCGUCGAUCAAGCGCAUUGCUGGGCGCAUUUUACUAUGAAUUAGUAUGCAACAAUGCGGCAAUGCAACUCCAGGCUUUUCACCACCAUAUAAAUUCGUAUGAUUGAUGGUCAAUCAUCAGCAUGGCUCAUCUUAACCCACGAGCUCUCGGCCUCACAAGACCACUCGGACGACCUCUGCUUGUCCCAGCUCUACCUCUCGAUUGCGUGCCACCUCUUGAUGGACCAGGCAUACGGGAUUGGCGGGUAUCAGGUGUCGCGAACUUCUUGGGGGUCGCUUUGGACACGGUUGGUGGAUUCUCUACGAAGGAUGUAUCCGUAGUCCUAGAGAGAUAAUCAGAAUAUUGGCACAGAGCCUCAAACAAACGGAAUUCGCAUACAUGAAUGUUGUCUCCCCAUCCA